GUUGCAGUUCAGCUUGAAUUCAUUUGCCCUUGGCCUGCCAGAAAUGACACUUUUCCGGCCAAGUCUUUCCACGGGUUUCCACUCUUAUUUCUUGCACCCCGUCACAGCCGGCACCAUAACUCCACGCGUCUGUCUUUCAGCUUCAGAGCACGGAGGAUCGCGUUUGGCAUGCCCCCAGCCUCUCAUAAUAAAAAAGACAGGGCAGCUGUCCAUGGUGCUGAAAUCACUCUCUCCACAGGCAACGUGUUGUUCCACCGUGAAGUGACAUCCCAUCUAUUCAGCUCAAAGUGGACUGUGACGGUGGCUUUGAGGAGGCGAGGAGACCUCUCGGCUAAUGUUUUCCAAAUGAAGAGACGAAAUUAAGGUGUACAAAGACCCCCCCCCCCUCCCACUCCUCACCCGCUUUUCUCUCGCACACUGAGUGGAAGAGAGAAAGUGGAAAGGGGGAGGGAAUCCAAUGAAGCGGGGAUAAUUACAAGAGUGGGUCACUAUUGGUGGAUGGCAUCCAACGGAGGCAGAGAAAAAAGGGGGAAACGAAUCAAAGCCGCAUAACAAUAUCAGAGUCGAGCAUCAUCCGUUCAGCCUUUCCGCGCAGAGUCCAGAACCGGGACCGGCUCAGCCUGCGGACUCUGAGCCCCUCUGUCUGGAUCUGGAUCCGGGGACGACAGGAGAACCUUCCCUCGGUGAUCUGAAGUGGGGCUCGUCAUCCUUAAUCGUUGCUGUUGUCCUUUGGAGCAAGUGUGGGGGGACCGCUGCGGAGAUCAAGUUCGCGCACGCCCGGAAAGCAGGAGUUACCAUAACAACAGAUGAGGUCGACCUGCACCGGUGGCAGCACGGGGAGGUUCUGCCUCCAAAAGCCUUCUGCGGGGCCAACAUGGGCCUCCUGUGGUUGGCCAGACUCGUCCCGCUGGUCCUGGCUCUGGUCCCGCAGCGGUCAGCGGCCUGUCCCUCCGGAUGUCGCUGCUACAGCCUGACGGUGGAGUGCGGAUCGCUUGGGAUCAAAGAAAUCCCCGACGGCGUCCCUUCCAUCACCGAGACUGUCUUUCUCCAGGACAAUGCCAUCGUACAGAUCCGUCUCCAGGACUUCACUCUCCUCAGAAGCCUGCAUUAUCUGUACCUCCAAAACAACAGCAUCUCUGCCCUCGAGCCCGGGGCUUUCCUCAACCAGGGCCAGCUGCUGGAGCUCGCCCUGAAUGGCAACCUCAUCCACCUGGUGACUGCUGACAUGUUUCGGGGUCUGGAGCACCUUCGGAUUCUUUAUCUAGCCAGCAACCAGAUCACCCGGGUCCAGGAUCACACCUUCAGGGGACUGCAGCGCUUGCAGGAGCUUCACCUGCAGGAAAACAGCAUAGAGCUGCUGGCGGAACACGCUCUGUCCGGCCUGUCGUCUUUAGCCCUGCUGGACCUCAGCCGGAAUCACCUCCGCACACUGGGAGCCUCGUUCCUCAAACCACUUGUUAGCCUGCAGGUGCUCCGUGUCACAGAGAAUCCAUGGCGCUGUGACUGUGCCCUCGGCUGGCUCAGAACCUGGAUCAGUGAAGAUGGACAGCGACUGCUGAGUUCCGCAGAGCAGCGUCGCCUGAUGUGCUCAGAGCCCCCCCGCCUUUCCCACCUCAGCCUGGUGGAGGUGGCUCCCAACAGCCUGGUCUGCAUCCCUCCUGUGGUGCAACUGGAACCUAGCCACCUGACUGUUCGCCUGGGAGAGAGCCUCAGAGUCUCCUGCCAGGCCUCGGGAUACCCACAGCCCCAGGUGACGUGGAAGAAAGCCUCCCAUGGUAAGACCCAGUUAUCGCCCCGAGGUCUGUUCCAAGAGCUGGGACCCAACGGGGAGUUAUUCAAACCUGGAGCUGGAGGAGUUGUGACAGCUUUGCCCAGCAGUGGAAGCGUCAAAGUGAGAGGCGUCGGGGGGGUCCACGGGCUCGUGCGUGGGGCUGAGGAGGGUGGCGAGAGGGACAGCUUUGAUCCGGACAUGGGCAGCGGGAUGCUUUUCCUCAGUAACGUGACCGUGGCACACGCCGGGCGUUACGAAUGCGAGGCCUGGAACCCUGGAGGCGUGGCCAGAGUCACUUUUCACCUGGCUGUCAACAUGUCUUCUUCUUCAUACUCACCCCAGUCAUGGCCUCGUCUGAAUACGAACUCUUACAUCUCUGCUUCGUCCAGCUCCUUCUAUCAGCCGGAAGUUCUGGACGUCAGCCAGGAACCUUUGUAUGAGCAGGAGAGCAUGGACUUCAAUGCCUUGGGCCCGGCCACGCAGACCGCUAUAGCUAUUGGUAUCUCUUUGCUGGCGCUCACCGCCGUUCUCCUCCUGAUUAUGAUCUACACUCGCCACCAGCAGUACCAGAAAGAGGACAAUGGCUCCUAUUGCACCAGCAAAGAAGAGAGCAUUCUGUAUGUGAACGAUUACUCCGAUGGACCCACCACUUUUGCUCAGCUGGAGGAGUAUCGUGAUGAUCACGGCCAUGAGAUGUACGUACUCAACCGGGCCAAACCCGUUAUGGGCUCUGGUUCCAGGUGUCCCAUGAUGAGUGGGUUUGUCCAACAAAAGGGCAUGAAGGAAGCUCUCCUCAAUCAUGAAGUUGUUCAGACGCUGACGAGAUCGGGGGGGAUGGGGCUUCUCAGGAACCCGGCAGAAGGUGGAGAGGGACCCCUAACAACAGAUCCAGAGGAGCUCUUCCUCAGCCAGAGUCUCCUGUUUGGAUCACAAGUUGCCUAUGAGAUUCACUGCUAA